ACACACACACUCUAACAGGAAUUGUCAGAGGAACUUUUCUGCCGUUCCUUGCAAUUUUGGAGAGUGGUCAAAGGUUCCUGAGGGGGAACCCCUCAGCCCGGGUGUUGUUGUUUGUUUGGAACUGUCAAAAACCAUGUUCCGAGAUCUGCUCGUCAGUGCCCCGGAGACGGUCGAUUACUGAUCCAGGAGUGAAACAUUAACCAGAAAGUAACACCAACGACCAGAAAAUAAAAAGCGCACGGCUCAGAACUGAUUGACUGCUGAGAGAGAGAGAGAGAGAGAGGUAGCAAUUUCUGUUUGCAAACUUUCUUACAGCCUCUUCCAAAAUGGGGAAGAACAAAAUAGAUGGCGAGAUACAAAAAGAUCUUUCCCCUCCCGAGAAGCAAAAACCGAGACUGUGUGGAACCAAUUACCCACUCAGCAUUCUGUUUGUCGUGGUAAACGAAUUCUGUGAACGCUUCUCCUACUAUGGCAUGAAAGCGAUCCUCACCUUCUACUUUGCAAACUUCCUUUAUUGGGAUGACGAUCUAUCCACUGCCAUCUACCAUGCCUUUUCCGGAUUCGCCUAUUUCACACCGGUCCUCGGAGCUCUCAUUGCUGAUUCCUGGCUGGGAAAGUUUAAAACCAUCAUCAUCCUCUCCAUUGUCUACGUUAUUGGUCAUGUUGUGAAGUCCGUUGGUGCAGUACCAACUGUGGGUGACCACACUGCACAUGUAGUAUUAUCAAUGCUUGGCCUCUUCUUAAUAGCCCUGGGUACUGGUGGCAUCAAACCUUGUGUUGCAGCUUUUGGUGGUGAUCAAUUUGAAGAGGAGCAAGAUUCUGAGCGGAGUAGGUUUUUCUCCUUCUUCUAUCUGUCCAUUAAUGCAGGAAGUUUACUCUCAACCAUCAUCACUCCCAUGUUGAGAGCUGAAGUUCAGUGCUUUGGUGGAGACUGCUACGCUCUUGCCUUUGGUGUUCCUGCUGCACUAAUGGUGAUUGCAUUAGUCGUGUUCAUAUCCGGAAGUGGGCUAUACAAGAAACUUCCCCCACAAGGAAACAUACUGGUGGAAGUGUGUAGCUGUAUUGGGUUUUCGAUAGCCAAUCGCUGGAGACACCGCAGCAAAAACUAUCCGAAACGGGAACAUUGGCUUGACUGGGCAAGGGAAAAAUAUCCAAAGCAUGUGAUUGAAGAAAUUAAGAUGGUUACCCGGGUUCUGUUCCUCUAUCUUCCACUUCCAAUGUUCUGGGCACUGUUUGACCAACAGGGAUCACGAUGGACUCUGCAGGCUGCCAGAAUGAAUUCCAACUUUGGUGGGUUCGUUAUCCAACCAGAUCAGAUGCAGACUAUUAACGCCCUUUUGAUUGUUAUUUUUAUUCCAAUCUUUGACAUGGGCAUUUACCCUCUCGUUAGGAAAUGUAAAAUCAACUUCACGCCCCUCAGACGGAUGACGCUCGGGAUGGUCUUUGCAGCUCUGGCAUUUGUGGCAGCGGCCAUUGUGGAGGUCGGAGUUCAGAAAACUGUGAUGCCUGAGCUUGUAGCCAAAGAAAGUUACAUUCAGUUCCUAAACCUGGCAGAUGAAAAUAUCAGCGUCACAGUCCAAGGGCGAGAUGACUUUCCAGUCACCAUGGCUCCCUUUCAGGAUCCGGACAAUUACACCAAGUUACAGCUGGAUGCUCCAAAUCAAGCUUUCAGUUUUAAUAUUACGUAUGAAAACAACACCGAGAUAUGCCAUCAAAACAUCAGUGAGAGGAGUGCAUACAGCAUAUUAAUGUACACAGAGGUCAACACGCCCCAUUGCACACUGCUGGAAGAUCAAACAUCAAAGCCACAGAAAGGAAAGGCUGCAGUGAGAAUCGUAAAUGCCUUCACUGAAGAUUUAAACGUGACCAUGGGGGAUGUGAAUUUUGGCACUAUCUACAAGAACUUCGGCAGCUCAUUGUACAAGACCAUGGAUAGAGGAUACUACAAACUAGUGUGCCAAAAUGCAACAGCAAAGCAGAUCGUGGAUGUGGGAUUGGUCGACUUUGGAGCAGUUUACACACUCAUUCUGAGUAAAACGCCUAAAGACAGCAGCUUGAAGAUUUGGAAGACUGAAGACGUCAAAGCAAACGUCAUGCAAAUCGCGUGGCAAAUUCCUCAAUACGUCCUGAUGUCUGCUGGAGAGGUUAUGUUCUCCAUCACUGGUGUGGAGUUCUCUUACUCACAGUGGGCCGAGUUUUUGCUGUUUGCUUGCCUUCUAUUCGCUGUCUCCAUCAUUUUCUCCAUCAUGGCUUACUUCUACACCUACGUGACAUCAGAGCAACUGGUCAAGAUAAAGGAGGAGAAGGAAGAGGAGAUUCCUCCGGGAUAUCGGGAUAUCUCUCUCAGCUCAGUUAACAAGCAGACAAGGAUGUAG